CAAAGCUGCAUUAGUAAUAUCGAGAGCUUAUUACUAUGAUUUAGAAAUACGAAAGCAACAAAAAACAGAUGUUAAGCGGCUAACAAUAACAUUUGAACUUCCGAUAUAAAUUUAUCGGUAUCAGUUAUUGAUUUGGUUCUGUGUUCUUCUUAUCAAUAAAAGCUCAAAAAGCAACACUCAGUAAUCGCAGGCUUCUAUAAUUCGAGAACUUUUAUCGACUCUUAAACCUAUUGCUUUAAAUGAACAGGAUUACUUGUGCAUUUGUUUCUGGACUAUAAAUUGGUACUCCAGUGUUGGGUGCGGUUUGAAAAAUUAAGAAUUAAUGAUUGGAAUGACAGUUCGUGCAUGUUAUCUUUUUGGUGUGAUAUUACUCAUAGGGAGCUGCGUAUGUAUUAUUUUUGAUCAAUUACUAAACGAUUUUCACGAUUUUUUUAUAACCCUACAAUUUUUCAGGUGUGUCAAGCGACAGGUACAUAUUUGUUAUUUAUGUAAAAUUUUCUUAUUUUAGCUCUCGGUUCAUCAUUCUAAAAGUUACACAAAAUCAUGCUUAAUAUAAGUAAUCAUUAGAAAUUGAACAUCAAAUAUUUUAGAUAACAGCACCACUAUUGUACCACCUAUAUCGGAAAGUACAGUUAAUUCUGUAACAACUGAAAGUACGUCUAGCAGUCAACCUACUUCAACCUUAAAUGAAUCAAGCACAUUUAGUAGUAUAUUUGCUUCAAUAUCAACUGAAUCAACUAGUAAGUUUUGUAAGCUGGUUACCUGCUUAUCUAAUCUUUAAACAUUUAUUGCCUGAUGGGUGUACGUUAAAUUAUUUUGGUAUUUCCCUCAUAAAUUUUAGGUCAGCAGACUACAUUAUUAACUACCGAAUAUCCAAGUAAGAGUAAAAAAUGCUUAGAGCUUUUAAAGACUUUUAUCCAUUCUUAACUGAUACGAUAACAUCACUAAUUAUAAUAUGCAUGAUAACGCUUUUAUAUGUAUAAAUGCAUGGACACUUGCAAAUUAAUUUGACAUCUAUAACAGAAGAUACUGCAGUGUUGGAUGUAUUAGUUGUAGAUGAUACAAUUAAUUCAAAUUUACAUAUAAAGAAUGAACUCAAAAACUUCGAAGAAAUUUGCAUAUUUAAUGCUACAUUUUGCGAAUGCAACGAUACAUUAGAAUGCAGCGUCACAAGGACCCCGGUCGUGUUAGUCUUAAACUUGACAAUAAGUAAUCUAUUACCGGGUACAGUUUACCAGUUUGCCGUUUUGCAAAAUGGUCUCAAUGCCUCAACACCUACAGCGUUAACUGAUCCCAUUGUGCCCGAGUACAAUGUUACAGUUGACGAAACGACGCAAACAAUAAAUAUUUCGUUCAGUGAUGAAGUCAAUCCAAAAGUUACUAUGAAAAUGGAUUGUAUACAGGAAACACUUGGAAAAACUUUCCAAGGAAAAAUUCAAGGGACGGAAGGUUUUUGUGCAGAUGUUCUGUUUGGUACAUUAUAUAAAAUCAGAGUGUCAGCAAAUAGAACGCAUGAAAGUGAAAUUAAAUCACAAACUGUUGAAACUCCUGGUGUGAAAACAAGACCAUACAAAGUAGAAGAAUUCAAUGUAAUUGAAGGAAGUGAAUUUCUCAAUUUUACUUGGAGGAAUUCUGAUAAAAAUGUUGAAAAUUUGAAUUAUUCACUCAAAAUUGGCGAAAGCGAAAAAAUAACUGAGAAUAAUUUUUUUCUUCUCGAUAAAGCAGUACCCUGUAGAAUAUAUACCGGAAACUUAUCUAGUUUUGUCAUCUUUGAAGAUGGCAGACUGGAAAGCAAUCAAGUUACUAAGUCUGGGCAACCACUUCUGCCAGAUGACUUACCUGAAAUAAAAAUUUCAACAAAUCCUUCUCAAACUUAUGUAAAUGGAGAUUACGCUUGGAAAGAUGAAUGGAAGCAGUGCAUUAAAAAUACAAGUGCAACAUAUUCUUAUAAAAUAUGCCUUAACGAAUCCGAAAUAGAAGCACCAUUUGUCGUUGAAAAUUCCUCAUUUAAUAUUUCUGGACUUACGGAAUUCAGAAAUGUAACAAUCAGAAUUAAAUUCGAUUUAAAAGGCGAUAAAAAUGCUUCAGGAGUAAACAUAACUAAAACUCAACAAGCUGCUUCUGGAAAGCCUGAAAAUUUCACAGUAGAUUCUCAGACUAGCACUUCAUUCGUCUUAACUUGGAAUCCCCCUAAUCCAUGCAAUGUUAAAGGAAAUAUUAUUAAAUAUCAAGUUUGUGAUGAAGAAAUAUGGGAUCUUUGGAAAAAUCGCGAAGUACCAGGGUUUUGUUACUUCAUAGAAGGAUUGAGGUAUGAGAAGAAUGAGACACGACAUUAUCAUCGAUAUAAUAUGUCUGUGAGAGCGAUUCAAGACGAUAGUAUGCAGGGGUUAGAAUCUAACAUUAAUUUAAAUACUAAGGAAGGGGUUCCGUCUGGAGUUGGGAGUAUACAUGAGCUCAGCAUAACAAAUAACACUAUCAGUAUAAACUGGACAGAACCUGAAAAGCCUAACGGAAAGCUCUCUUAUAUUGUUAAGCAUAGCGGUUUUGGAUGUGGUGAUAAUGAAUAUAAUAGUGUUAAUAUCACAGACACUAACUAUAUAUUCACGGAAUUGUCACCGUAUCAAAAAUAUAAUAUUACUAUUAUACCCAAAACAACAAAUCUUAUAGGGAAAGAAACAACUAAAAUAAUUAGGACUUCAAAAGGAGCAUCACUUCCUAUCAGUAAUUUGACACUCACUCAACAAGAUCCUCCUGUUGCAUCCGUUAUUAAAACAGUCAAUGUUUCGUGGAUAAAGCCGAAGUGUCAGAGCGCACAAUCAGAUGAUAUAAGUUAUAUUAUUACUACCAAACCAGAAACCGGAAAACCUAUCCCCCCUGUCCAGCAUUCUAUCACUACUACCAUCAUUCCCGAUUUAAAGCCAUAUACUAAAUAUAUCGUUAAAGUUAAAGUUGCGGUGAAAGAUGAAUCAGAUAGCUAUCCUGAAGAGAAAGAAAUCACAACCAAGGAAGCAGCACCAAAACGCUUGCAAGGAGUAGCAAUACAAUCUGUUGGGGAACAGAAUUGCACUGAUGUUAAACUCAGGGUAACGUGGAAUAGGCUAAAAGAUGAAGAUAUUCAUGGAGAAUUUAAAAGGAUAUUUAUUUCCCUUUUAGAUUCUAAGUUAAAUAUAAUAGAGGAUAAAGUGAUUAUCAAUAAAGCAGAGACAAAGUAUGAUUUUACAAGGGAGCUGAAAGGACAGGAAAACUACACUGUUAAGCAUAUCGUUGAAAAUUCGCUUUUUAACAACUCCGGCAAACAAUCCAAAGUCAUCCCACCCAGUGCUGAGAGUGGAGAAAUAUUUCUUCCUGGACAAACUAUAACGACUGAUACUGUUGAGCUAUCUUUAUUAAGAAAUUUCUUUGAAAAUUCAAAAAAUGGGGUAAUUGAGCACCGGGGUUUGUUGAUAUGUGAUGCUGAGUACCCCACUAACAAUAUUGCUCAAUCCAAUCUAAAUAGAGAAACAUUUAACCGAGCCGUUACAACUUAUUAUAGAGCUAAUCAAGAAUCAACUAUACCUUUAUAUCAAACAACUGGUGCGGAUUUUGAUAAUAUAUUCAAUCAACUUUCAAGAAACCCCCAAGCUUCUUUCAAAUAUACUAUUGGAAAAGAGAAAUGUACCGACGAUCCUGAUGCACGGUGUAAUGGUAAAUUGAAAUCGAAUAGGAAAUAUAAAAUUUUGGCGUUUAUAGCUACAAAGGCUGGAUAUUAUGUAAGCCCUCAUAUUGCUAUAGAAACUGCAGCAAAAUCAAAAGCUGGAAUAAUAGCUGCAGGAGUUGUAGUGCCUCUAGUAUUACUAGCUAUUAUAAUAGUUGCGUUCAUCUAUUGGAAAAGAAGAGCUCCCUCACCGACAAUACCUUCAACUUCAAGUGGAGGACCUCAUAUAAAUCCAUUGAUGACAGAUCCAAUGACAACUGGAAAGAUUUCUUUGGAUAAGUUCAGUGAGCAUUGUAGAAAUCAUCAUAAGGAUUCAAAUAUGGGAUUUUCGGAGGAGUAUCAAUUUAUCAGGGAAAGGAGUGAAAAAAGUGCCAAUAAGCCUACAACUUCGUCAGAAUUACCUGAAAAUCGCACAAAAAAUAGAUAUACAAACAUUUCACCAUAUGAUCAAAGUAGAGUAAAAUUAACUCCAGCUCAGGACGACGAUAGCUCCGAUUAUAUAAAUGCUAACUACAUUCCUGGUGUUAUGGGACAAAGGGAAUAUAUAGCAGCUCAGGGACCCCUACCCAGCACUAAGGAUGAUUUCUGGCGAAUGAUUUGGCAACAAGAAAUUUAUACAGUGGUUAUGUUGACCGAUUUAAUAGAGAAUAGAAGAAUCAAAUGCGAAUCGUAUUGGCCAACUCUUGAGGAGGAACUAUUUUAUGGAGAUGUAAGAGUGAAAAAUGAUUCCGAGACAACAUUUGAUAAUUAUGUUCUAAGAAUUUUAAGCGCCUCAUUGGGUGAAACAACAAGGCGUAUAUAUCAUUUUAAAUUCUCUAAAUGGCCUGAUUUUGGGUGCUUAGACGAUCCUCAACAGCUAAUCGAUUUUAUUAGGGAAGUAAGGUCGCAUACUAGUGGUGUUCCUCAACAUAAACCAAAACUUAUACACUGCAGCGCUGGCGUUGGCAGAACCGGAACAUAUAUUGCAGUUGAUCGUCUUCUACACGAGGUAGAAAAUGGUCAACCAAUAGAUGUUUUCGGUACCGUAUUAGAAAUGAGAGAUCAUCGUUGCCAUAUGGUUCAGACAGAGGACCAAUAUAUCUUUGUUCACGAUUGUCUAGAUAAAGCGAUUCAGGCAAGGUUGAAAUCGCCUACGGCAACUCAACCGAUCUACUGCAAUAUAGAAAAUCCUGUACAUCUUAACACAAACUCGGUGAGAACUAUUUCAUACGAAAACAGUGAUAGAAUAGCUAAUACAGCUGUUUAG